AUGUGUAGUUGCUGUUUUAAAAUGACGUGGGACAAAAUAACGGUAUUCUUUUUGAAGCUUUCAUGGAUACUUUAUCAUGUUGCAGCCAUUCAAAGACAAGACUUGUAUCCAUAUGGGAUGUUUUCCGGCGAUGUAACUCUACAAGAGGGGGACGAUGAAACUUCCAGAGUGAUAACCCUGACAAAACCUAUGUACUUCUAUGAGGCGUCCUUCAGAUAUCUAUAUGUGGCCACUAAUGGAAUCAUCUCAACUCAGGAUCUUCCCAUGGAGAAGCAGUACGUGGACGACGGCUUCCCCACUGACUUCCCUGUCAUAGCCCCCUUUCUGGCAGACAUUGACACCAGCAAUGGAAAAGGCUCCAUCUACUACCGGCAGACAGAGUCCCCUACCGUGCUAAAGCAAGUAGAAGGUGAUGUGAAGAGAGGCUUUCCAGAUGCUACAUUCACCCCUACCCAUGCCUUUAUCGUUACCUGGGAGAACGUGUCAGCCUAUGAGGAGGUCGUCCGUAGCUCUACCCCAUCCAACCGGAUGAACACGUUCCAAGUGGUGCUUGCAUACAAUGAAAAGGAUACAUAUGCACUCUUCCUGUACCCAGAGGAUGGAUUGCAGUUUUUUGGAACGCGGCCCAAAGAAUCUUACAAUGUUGAAAUUGAGCUUCCAGCUCGUGUGGGCUUCACCAGAGGAGAGCUGUCCUACUUCUUCUCCCGGGCAGAGGGGCCAUACUACAGUGUCACCAACAAUGAGGAACAAUCCAUCAAAAAUCUUUAUCAGAAGGGUAACACAGGAUUGCCUGGAGUUUGGCUGUUUCACAUUGGAAACAGAUAUUCCUUCCAGAACGUUGUUCCUGCACCACUUGAGGCCAUUUCAACCAGAGCUAUCCCAGUUCUGGAUGCUGAGUUCACCAGAGAAGACUACACAGAAUCUGAUGAGGAUGAGUACCACAUCGAUCCAGACUUCCAGGAACCCACCACUACAGAGUUUCUGGAUCCGGAGCAGGAUUCCUCUUUAUUGGAGGGUCUCAAACAGAUGGCGCCACUUGAUCGUUCUCCUCUCGAGCCUUCAGUGUCUGUUCCAGGUGAGUUUCCUCGGCCAGAAACCCAUUAUCUCCCUCCAGAGGAUGUAACCCAGCCCCAGCGGCCACCACUGAAGCAUGCGAUACAGCAGGUUUACCCAAACCAAGUAAAGGAUGUCCCACCCCACACCUCUGGUGGCCAAGUGUUCAGUGUUGAGGAGAAAGUCAACUUUGACUCUGGAGUGAUUCAGUACUCCACUGAUAAUAAAGAGACUUGUGAGCGCUUCCAACAGCAGUGCAGUCAGAACGCACGCUGCAUGGACUAUUCCACUGGCUUCUGCUGUCACUGCAACUCUGAAUUCUAUGGCAACGGCCGCCAGUGCCUUCCAAAUGGUGCCCCUCAUCGUGUAAAUGGAAAGGUUAGGGGAACCGUAUCUGUGGGCGGGACUCCAAUUCAGCUGGACAGCAUCAACCUGCAUGCCUACAUCGUGGUGGGUGAUGGACGUGCAUACUCUGCUAUCAGUGAGGUCCCAGAGCCGCUUGGUUGGGCCCUCAUGCCCGUGGCACCCAUCGGCGGUCUCUUUGGUUGGCUCUUUGCCCUGGAACUGCCAAAUAGCUUUAAUGGCUUCAGUAUCACCGGCGCGGAGUUCACUCGUCGUGCUGAUGUGACCUUCUAUCCCGGUCACCAGCGUCUCAGCAUCGUCCAGACCGCCACAGGUUUGGACACUCAGAACUACCUCAAUGUGGAUACUCAUUUACAGGGCAGCGUACCCUUCAUCCUCCCUGGUGCCACAGUGCAGAUAGAGCCAUUUAAGGACACCUACCACUAUUAUCCUUCAUUGAUUACCUCUACGUCAGUGCGUGAGUUUACAGUCAUGUCAGCAGAAAAUGGAGCUGAGACCUUCACCUUCCAGGUCAAACAGAACAUCACGUACAGGUACUGCAGUCAUGGGCCCGUCAGCGGACUCCAGACACAGGAACUGAGAAUGGAGCGCAUAUUUGUUAUGUUCGUCAAAGAGGAACACAUACUUCGAUAUGCCAUGACCAACAAGAUUGGCCCAGUUGGAGCUGGGGACCCAGAACCAGAACAUGUGAACCCCUGUUACUCUGGAAAUCAUGACUGUGACACAACUGCACAGUGUGUGCCGGGCGAGGGCCAGCUGUUCACGUGUCAGUGUGCCACAGGUUACCGAGGAGACGGACAUAACUGUUAUGAUGUGGAUGAGUGUGCAGAAGGUCUGAGCUCCUGCGGUGCUCACUCUCAUUGUGUGAACUUGCCCGGAAGCCAUCGCUGUCAGUGUCACGGCGGAUUUGAGUUUGGAUUUGAUGGACGCACAUGUCAGGAUGUGGACGAAUGCCGUGACCAGCCGUGCCACAGCCAGGCUUUGUGCUCAAACACUCAAGGAUCAUUCCAGUGUCAGUGCCAACCAGGAUUCCAUGGAGAUGGUUUCCAGUGCUAUCCUGAAAAUGGAGGUCAUCCCAAGACUCAGUGUGAGCAGCACAGAGACAGUCUUCAGAGAGGAACAGGUGGCGUUCCUCAGGUUGGAGCCUUCAUCCCUCAGUGUGAUGAGGAGGGUCAAUAUAGACCGCUGCAGUGUCACGGCUCCACAGGUCACUGCUGGUGUGUGGACAGUAGGGGGCAGGAGAAAGUGGGCACCCGCACUCUGCCCAGAACCCCACCAAGAAACUGUGUUGAGCCAGUGCCUUCAGUUCAUCCGAAGACUCAGUGUGAGCAGCACAGAGACAGUCUUCAGGGUGGAACAGAUGGCAUUCCUCUGAUAGGAGCCUUCAUCCCUCAGUGUGAUGAGGAGGGUCAGUACAGACCGCUGCAGUGUCAUGGCUCCACAGGUCACUGCUGGUGUGUGGACAGUAGAGGGCAGGAGAGAGUGGGCACCCGCACUCCACCCGGAGCCCCACCAAGAAACUGUGAUGAACCAGUGCCACCAACCCAGCGUUUACAGACGGUGUGUGAGCGCUGGAGAGCCAGUCUUCUGCAGCACUAUGGAGGCCAGCCGGACUCCAAAAACUAUCUACCUCAGUGUGAUUCUGCUGGUGAGUUCAACCCGGUGCAGUGCUAUGGAGACAGCAGCUAUUGCUGGUGUGUGGACCGAGAUGGGCGGGAAGUAUCUGGAACGCGCUCGCAUGACGCUGUGAAACCAGCCUGUAUACCUACUGUGGCCCCUCCCACCACACGCCCAUUGCCCCGCCCAGAUGUGACUCCACCGCCAACAGGCACAUCUCUGCUCUAUGCUCAGGGGCAGCAGAUUGGAGUUUUGCCUCUAAAUGGCACACAGAUGGACAAGGAGAGGUCUCCAGUGCUGCUUGCUCUACAUGGCUCUAUAGUGGUCGGUAUUGAUUACGACUGCAGAGAGAGGAAAGUUUAUUGGACAGAUCUGGCAGGGAGGACCAUCAAUCGAGCUGGCCUGGAGCCAGGAUCAGAACCUGAGAUUGUUAUCAACACAGGUCUAACAAGUCCAGAGGGUCUCGCUGUGGAUGUUGCUCGUAGAAGACUGUUUUGGGUGGACAGCACACCAGAUAAGAUAGAAACAUCUAACCUUGAUGGAAGUGAUAGACGUGUUCUGUUUGACACAGACUUAGUAAAUCCCAGAGCCAUCAUUGUGGAUUCCCCUACAGGAACCAUCUACUGGACUGAUUGGAACCGGGAAGCCCCUAAAAUUGAGAGCUCCUCUGUGGACGGGCAAAACCGAAAAGUUCUGGUGCGGGAUGGCAUUGGACUGCCCAAUGCUUUGACAUAUGACUCCACCACAAGCCAGGUCUGCUGGGCUGAUGCAGGAACCAAGCGUCUGGAAUGUAUAUCGCCAAAUGGUACAGGGAGGCGUGUGGUGCACAGCAACCUAAAUUACCCCUUUAGUAUGGUCUUCUACGCCAAUCACUACUACUACACAGACUGGAGGAGAGAUGGGGUCAUCGCUUUUGGUCGAGAUAGUCAAUUUACAGAUGAGUACUUGCCUGAUCAGAGGUCUCAUUUGUAUGGCAUUACAGUUGCUCCACCACACUGUUUAUAAGGGAGAUGCUAAUGAGAGAGACAACAUUUAUGGUGCUAUUUUGGGCGAGUCUUGUAGAGCUUGUGCUGUGGAAAUCGUGGCAGCCGCCGAACGUGGAGAGAGCCAAUCACAGAAUCCGCAAGUUUGAACAAUAGUCACCAUCGAUGCCAAAGCGCAAAUUUACAAACAUAAAAACGUGAAUAUUUUCUCAGAAUAGUUUUGUAAAUUUGUUUUAUACCUCAUUUCUUUCUACUGUACUUUUGUAUGUGACUCUUUUCUUUAAAAAAUAAAAAACAAAUAAAUAAAAAAAAUCAAAAAAGAACCCCAGAGAUAAGUUGUAAUUGGUAUGUUUAUAAAUACACUAAAAUGCAGUAUUUGAAAACUCUGUGCACUAUUUAUCUCGUGAAAUUGCACUGAAUGUUUUCAAAGUGGUCUUAUCAAACUUCAUUUUUAAUCGUUUCGUUUGUUUUUCUUUUGUAAGAUGU